AUGGAUAAAGUGCUUUUAGACUAUAUGAGUCGGGUUAAAUCCACCUUUCAGCAACUGAGUUCCCAACAACGACAUUCGUUUCUAAUUGAGCUUCUUCAUUGUUGCGAUAAUCAACUCCUUCAAAUCGUUUAUGCUUGGAUCAUUCCAAAAUUAAAGAUUGAUUUCUUUAAAGAAUUACCUAAAGAGAUAGCAUUGCAUAUUAUUUCGUUCUUGGACGAACCUCAAACCUUGAUAGAUGCCUCGCUUGUCUCGAGACAUUGGAACAGUCUUUUAAAGGAUGAUACUAUCUGGAAGUCACUUUGUAUAAAGUACCACUAUCAUCAUUUAUCUUCUUCUUCUUCCUCCUCCAACAACAACAACAGCAACGGUCAUCAACAACCUCCCUUCCUCAUGACGACUGAUCAUUAUCAAUUCUUUCGGCGACACUAUCAUAUCGAGACGGCUUGGAAUCAGGGCAGAGGUCGAAUGAUACCUUGUUGUGAGGUAACUCAUUUGAUGGGCUUAGUGACUUCAAUGCAGAUGAAUGAAGACUACAUCGUUAUAGGUUGUGAUAAUAACCGAAUUGAUGUAUUUGAUACUCGAACAGGCCAUCAUUUACGUUCUCUUUCGGAUCAUGAAGGCGGUAUUUGGGCGCUUCAAUUUAUAAAGACAUCUGUUGGAUAUGUAUUAGUAACGGGUGGAUGUGAUAGAGUUACAAGAGUGUGGGAUUUAGAUACAGGUGAAUUGAAAUAUAGAUUAAGAGGUCAUAUAUCAACAAUACGAUGUUUAAAGAUAUGUGAUGAAAAGGUAGCCAUCACGGGAUCACGAGAUACGACACUUCAUAUUUGGGAUAUAGAUCAAGGCCAACUACGGCAUGUCUGUACAGGACAUCAAGGGAGUGUACGAUGCAUAGAUGUUUAUGGUAACUAUCUUGUAUCUGGUUCUUACGAUACAACAGCCAGACUGUGGGACAUUGAAAGGGGAGAAUGUGUAUAUGAGUUUGUGGGCCAUCAUUCACAAAUUUAUUCUAUUGCCUUUGAUGGAUCCAAGGUCGUUACGGGAUCUCUCGAUUCUAAUAUUCGAGUAUGGUCUGCAAAAUCCGGAGAAUGUCUUGCUACAUUAUAUGGACAUACAUCCUUAGUAGGUCAAUUACAACUCUUGGAUCAUACAUUAGUGAGUGGAGGAUCAGAUGGAUGUCUUCGAGUAUGGGACAUGAAUACGUAUGAAUGUAAACAUCGAAUUUCAGCUCAUGAUAACUCUGUAACCUGUCUACAAUUUGAUAAGAAACGUAUCCUGAGUGGAGGAUCAGAUGGAGAGGUUAAAUUAUGGGAUAUGAAGACAGGGACUUUACUUCGAACAUUCAUAGAGCCAGCAAAAUCAAUUUGGAAAUUACAAAUGAUAGAAACAAAGGCUGUCAUCGUUAUGGAAAGAAAAAUACAGCAUCAUACCCAACAACCUUAUCAAAUUGCAAUAGAGCUUUAUGAUUUUGAUUUAUUAGAUGAUACAAUGAAACAUAACUAG